AUGCCACGUAAGCUACGUAAGAAUAUACGUAAGAGGAAGAGAGCAUUGAAACAUCCAAUAGUAAAACUAACACCACAACAACAGUUGCAACAACAAAUUAUGAAUGACCCCACUAUGUUGCAACAAAUGUCAAGCAACCCUAUGCUUUUAAACCGAGUUCUUGGUGCACAGAGUGGAGGUUUAAGAGCGGCACUUUUAGCGAAAAUGGCAGGCUAUGGUGGAGCUGCAGACGGAACAGCUUAUAACCCUCAAAGUCAAAUGAAUUUGAGUUCACUCAAAAAUCAAAUAACAGAUGUCAAAAAGUCAAACAUAGACAUACAGAAACAAAUAAGUGAAAACGAAAAGAAACUAGAAUAUGACAGACACACAAAGAAACUCAAUGAGUUAAACGUAGAGAAAAAGAAGAAAGAAGAACAACUGAAAGAACUAAGUACAGAGGAAUAUGCGAAAAAAGUGUCAGAAAAAGCAGCAGAAGUAGCAAAAAUGGAACAAGAUGUUAUAAAUUUGAAAAA